AUGGUCUUCAAAAAUUUUGUUUUUUGUAAAUAUGCCAAACACACUUUGGAACAUCUGAAAUAUAUUUAUGGGCGUGAAGUGCGAAUUGAAGUUCCAUGGGGGUUUGUGGCUGGAAAAUGGUAUGGGCCUGUCAAUAAAAGACCCAUUUUAACCCUCCAUGGUUGGAUGGACAAUUGCGGUUCCAUGGAACGUCUCAUAUCAAAUAUAAAUAAACACGAAACCAGCUUUCUAUCCAUAGACUUUCCUGGACAUGGUCUCUCAUCCAGAUUCCCGAACUCAAUGUAUUAUGACUACAAAGAUUACGUCUUUACUGUGUUCUACUUGAUAGAGCAAUUCCAAUGGUCAAAGGUAUCAUUGAUGGGUCAUUCCUUAGGAAGUGGUGUGGCUUAUAUGUAUUCUAUGUUGUUUCCCGAAAAAGUUGACUAUUUGAUAUGUCUGGAGACAAUAAAGCCUCCCAUUAGGGAGAAUAAUGAUAGAUGUAUGGCCAAUGCGAUAAAGCAAUUUUUUAAGUACGAUGCUAUCAAUCGUAGUGGUGUGGAACCCAGAUGUUAUACGUAUUUGGAGUUGAAGUUGAGGUAUAUAAAGUUGGGAAUACAUCCACAAUUGGUGCACUAUAUCCUGGAUAGAAAUUUGGUGACAUCCAAAAAUAUUAAAGGCAAAUUUUACUUUGGUGUGGAUUCCAGGGUUAAGUGCCAUGGUUUUUGGAACUUCCCCCAAAACGAGUCCAUUAAAUAUGCACAAAACAUGAGUUUUCCAAUCUUCAUAGGCAAAUGUAAUGAUGAAAAUUACUGGGAGAACCCGAAAUACUAUAAAGAAGUCUUGGAGGUUAACCAAAAGUUUAGUAAAGAUUGUCAGUUUCAUUUGGUCGAUGGGUGUCAUUUUGAGCAUAUUAAUAAUCCCGACAAAUACGGUGAGAAAAUUGUCAAAUUUCUGGAUAAACACGAUGAUAUGGAUAGAAGUUGGAAAAAUUGCAUCAAAUUCGUCAAUAAAGAUGCAAAGAAUAAAAUGAUUGGUUAAUAUUAUUAUUUACACGUAUUUUUUAUACCUACUGUUUUUAAAUAAAAAGAAAUAAAC